UCGGGGCGUGGCCGGGGCUGCCCUUGCGGCGCGGCGGGGGACAGCGCGCGGUUAAAGACCCGGCUAGUCUGGUGUCUGCAGCUCACGCUCCUAGAAGGCCCGAGGGCGCCGGGUUGUGUCUGCACGAUGUUGUGCCGGGAUGCUUGCAGGGCCGGAAAGCAGCUGGCGCCGGCGUGGUGGUGUCUGGGCUCCAGGCAGAAGCACAGCCUCCCUGACUUGCCUUACGACUACGGCGCCCUGGAGCCGCACAUCAACGCCCAGAUCAUGCAGCUGCACCACAGCAAGCACCAUGCGACCUACGUGAACAACCUGAACGCCACUGAGGAGAAGUACCAGGAGGCCCUGGCCAAGGGAGAUGUUACGGCUCAGGUAGCUCUUCAGCCUGCCCUGAAGUUCAACGGCGGAGGUCAUAUCAAUCACACCAUUUUCUGGACUAACCUGAGCCCUAACGGCGGCGGAGAACCCAAAGGGGAGUUGCUGGAAGCCAUCAAACGUGACUUUGGUUCCUUUGACAAGUUUAAGGAGAAGCUGACAGCCGUGUCUGUUGGUGUCCAAGGCUCAGGUUGGGGUUGGCUUGGUUUCAAUAAGGAGCAGGGACGCCUACAGAUCGCUGCCUGUCCUAAUCAGGAUCCGCUGCAGGGAACAACAGGCCUUGUCCCGCUGCUGGGAAUUGACGUGUGGGAGCAUGCUUACUACCUUCAGUAUAAGAAUGUCAGACCUGAUUAUCUGAAAGCUAUUUGGAAUGUGAUCAACUGGGAGAAUGUAACUGAAAGAUACAUGGCUUGCAAAAAGUGAAUCAUCCUUGUACUGAUCGUGCCCUGAUGAUCCCAGCAAGCUUACAUCCUGGCUUCUAAGAUACACAUCGAACCUAGUACACACAGGAAAUCCUAUAAGGCCCUGCAGAACUGUCACUUAAUUAUUCAUUAAAGAAACAUUUAUUUUCCUCCUAC